UGGAGGUUUUCAACAGUCGGUCGGUCACUGUGGGCUUUGAGAAAACUGAAAGAUUGAUCAAGAACAUAAACUGCAGAUUGAUCAAUAGAGAAAAAGUUAUUUGGAGCCUUUGUGGAUCCUGAACUCUGAGCUCUCUGUAGUGUGAGUGUGUAGUUCUGAUCCUGGCUCAGUUUCAGCUGUAUCCUCAUGUUUACUCCUGUUGUGCUGCUGCUGCUGUAGUGUCCCAGUCUGUCCACAGAGACGUUCAGUGGUCAUCCGUGUGUCAGCUCCAGCUGACAGAGACAGGACCUGUGACGAAGAGGAGCAGAUGAAGAAACAGAAACAUUAAAGACGUGGGAUAUAAACAGCUGAGGAGGCAGCAGGAUUCUCUGCAGCAGCAGCAGCAGAGCUGGUCACCAUGAGUCUGGACGAGGAUGCUCGCUGGCUUGAGUGGGUCACCAAACAGUUUGAGACCAUCGCCGGAGACGACAAAGAGAUUGACAUCGACGAGUUUAAAACGGCUCUCAAGGUCAAAGAGUCUUUCUUUGCCGAGCGUUUCUUUGCGCUGUUCGACUCUGACGGCAGCAGCUCCAUCAGUCUGGACGAGCUGCUGGAAGCUCUGGAACUCCUGAUCCACGGCAGCGAGACAGAUAAGCUCAAGUUCCUGUUCCAGGUCUACGACGUGGACGGCAGCGGUUCAAUCGAUCCAGACGAGCUGCGAACUGUUCUGAAGUCAUGUCUACGUGAGAGCGCCAUCUCUCUGCCGGAGGAGAAACUGGAUGAUUUGACGCUGGCGCUGUUUGAGUCGGCCGACAAAGACAACAGCGGCUCCAUCACCUUUGAGGAGCUCAAAGCUGAGCUGGAGAACUUCCCUGAGGUGAUGGAGAACCUCACCAUCAGUGCUGCUAACUGGCUGAAGCCUCCCGAGUUGGAUCAGAAGAAGCGCCAAGCUCCUCGUUACCUGACUCGAGCCUACUGGCACAACAACAGCAGGAAGUUGCUGUUCCUGUGUCUGUACGCCUGCCUCAACGUGCUGCUCUUCAUCGGGGCCAUGCUGCAGAACCGUCAUGGCGGCGUCUCCUUCAUGGUGGCGAAGGGCUGCGGACAGUGUCUCAACUUCAACUGCACCUUUGUCAUGGUGCUGAUGCUGCGUCGCUGUCUGACAUGGCUGCGGGCGACGUGGGUGGUGAGGGUCUUACCUCUGGACCAGAACAUCCUGCUGCAUCAGAUCGUGGGCUAUGCCAUCUUAAUCUACACGGUGGUGCACACCACUGCUCACGUCCUCAACUUCAUGCGGAUGGCAGAGAGCAGUGAGUACCACCUGUGGGAGUACCUGCUGACCACGCGGCCGGGGAUCGGCUGGGUGAAGGGGACGGCUUCGGUGACCGGUGUCGUCCUGCAGGUGUUGAUCAGCCUCAUGGUGCUCUGCUCCAGCACCUUCGUACGACGCAGCGGACACUUUGAGGUGUUUUACUGGUCUCACCUGUCCUAUGUGUUGGUCUGGGCUCUGCUGGUGGUUCACUGUGCAAACUUCUGGAAGUGGUUUGUGGCUCCUGGUUUGGUCUUCCUGCUGGAGAAGAUCGUGGGAAUCGCUGUCUCGCGCAUGGGAGGUCUUUACAUCGUCGAGGUCAACCUGCUGCCGUCAAAGGUGACUCACCUAGUGAUCAAACGUCCUCAGUUCUUCCAUUUCAAACCUGGAGAUUACGUCUACAUCAACAUUCCCGUGAUCGCCAAGUACGAGUGGCACCCGUUCACCAUCAGCAGCGCUCCGGAACAGUCAGAGAGUCUGUGGCUUCACAUCCGCUCGAUGGGUCAGUGGACCAACCGCCUGUACGAGUACUUCAGAGAGUCAGACAGCGAGAUGGUCAGCCCGAAGAGACUGGCCACCAGCCUGAGGAACCGGAGACAGCUGCUGACGGCCCAGGAGGAGCUGUUCAGCUCCACAAACAGUAACGGAGCCGUAGCUUAUAACGAGGAUGACGCCAUCGAGCUUAAGAUGUACCGUCAGAACGGCUUCGAGGCCGAUGAGGCUCCGCCCUCCCCACCUUCUGGAUCUCAGGGCCUGGCGGAGCCUCUUCCAGAUGGGCUGGAGCCGGCAGAGCGAGGAGAGGCUCCUCCACUCAGAGAGGUUUCUGCCAAGUUUGGUGAGAAUCACAGAUUCUGCAACAUCAAGUGUUACGUAGACGGACCGUAUGGGACUCCUACAAGACAGAUCUUUGCUUCGGAGCAUGCGGUCCUGAUCGGGGCCGGUAUCGGGAUCACACCAUUCGCCUCCAUCCUGCAGAGCAUCAUGUACCGAUAUCGCAUGAGGAAGCAGAACUGUCCGAACUGUAACUACUCCUGGUGUGAAAACAUCAAAGACAGCGAGAUGAAGUUACGCAAAGUCGACUUCAUCUGGAUCAACAGAGACCAGAAGUCGUUUGAAUGGUUUGUUAGUUUACUGACCAAACUGGAGAUGGACCAGGCUGAUGAGGAGCCAGAAGGCCGGUUCCUGGAGAUGCACAUGUACAUGACGUCAGCUCUCAGUAAGAACGACAUGAAGGCCAUCGGCCUGCAAAUGGCGCUGGACCUGCUGGCCAAGAAGGAGAAGAGAGACUCCAUCACCGGACUGAGGACCAGAACCCAACCUGGACGCCCUGAGUGGGGGAAGGUGUUUCAGAAGGUGUCGGAGGAGAAUAAAGGAAAAGUCCACGUGUUUUACUGCGGCGCUCCUGCUCUGGCUAAAGUCAUCAAAGCUCAGUGUGAACACUUCAGCUUCAACUUCUACAAGGAGAACUUCUGAGGUCACCUGCUGUUCAACACACAACUCCUGCUGCGUCUCCCUGUGUGUGUGUGUGUGUGUGCGUGCGUGCGUGCGUGCGUGCGUGCGUGCGUGUGUGUGCGCACCAUUGCUUUGUACCCUGUUUUUUUUUUUUCUCCCAGCAGCUCCAUGACGACCGUCUGUGUUGUGUUUCCUGCCUGUUUGUUGGACAGUAGAAGAAUACUUAUCAUGUUCAUCUGUCAUCAUAAACAUAAAGUACCUAUGUCGAUGUGUAGCAAAUUAAUCAGGUAAUAAAUAAUAAUUAUUAUUAUUAUUAAAGGAUAAUUCCCUCUGAUCUCUUCACUGAUCCAGUCAGUCUUCAUCACAUCACAAUUCAUCACAUUUCAGGUGGUGUUAAUUUAAUAUUUGUGGAACCUUCUCGAGUGUGUGUACUCAGUCCUUUCCUACAUUUCCCAGAGUGCAUCUCAGAAAUCCACAGGGAGGCAGCUCUCUGUGAUAUUAUAAUGGUUCAUACAUGUGAGCCACCCCAGGGGUAAGAUCAUAACCUGUACAUUACCAUUACCUUACUGUUUUCGGGCUGUACAUCCGUCUGUCCCAUUCUUGUGAUUGCAAUAUCUUAUGAGCGCCUCAGGGGAAUUUUUUUCAAAUUUGGCACAAACAUACACUUGGACUCAGCAACACAAUUAAUAAAUUUUGGCAGUCAAAGGUCAAGGUCACUGUGACCCUGCAUCUAUCUCAUUUUCGUGAAUGGGAUUUCUCAAGAAAGCCUCGGGAGAUUCCUCAAGUUUGGCACAAACGCCCACUUGAACUAAAUUUGGUGGUCAAAGGUCACUGUGACCUUGCAAAACACGUUUAUGGCCAUAACUCAAGAAUAUAUAUGCUAAUUAUGACAAAAUUCCACACAAAUGUCGAAUAGGAUGUAAUAAGAAUAAGAAUAAUGAAGUGAUGACGGUUUAUAACCAAAUGGUGAUUUAGGGCCACCAGUGCUCCACCCAGUUUUGUUUUGGCAAGGUUCUGGAAACAUCAAUAAGUCCAAACUGGUAGAUAAAAUUUCUGCACAAUUACAUCUAUGCAGUGUUUCACUUAACUCUUGAGAUAUCAGUCUAUUUGACCUUCAUUUUAUAGAUUCAGCACAGUGAAGAUAUAUAUUUUAUCCUUAAUAUCUUUAGUACUAGUGUUAAACAUUAGCAUAAUGCACAUUUUUAUUUUUAUGUUAUUGCUUUUUUACAUACUUUCAUUUCAUACUCUCCUUACUUUUUAGAAUUAGCUAUUCUUUACAUCAGAGUGACUAAUGAAUCAUAAUUUCCCCUUGGGGAUCAAUAAAGUAUUUUUGAUUCUGAUUCUGAUCAGAUCAUCCAAAAGGUCAAAGGUCAUCUUCACUGUGGCAUCAUAAUCACUGUGGGGGAGUUUAAGUUGAUUUUAAAGGAUUGAGAAAUUUGCUCUUUUAGUCAAUGUGACUGUUCCUAAAUCAUUUUAGAAAUUGUACUCAAAUAAUAUUUAUUCUUGUCCUGACCUUGUAUCUUGUGUUAAUUGCAUACUGUGGUUUUAAUCAUUUGUUGUGUGUGACAGUUGUAUAUGUCUGUCUUGUAACACUAUUUUAUGCUGCCCUCUUGGCCAGGUCACUCUUGAAAAGCAGAUUUUUAAUCUCAGUGAGGCUUUUACCUGGUUAAAUAAAGGAUUUAUAUAAUGUUA